AAGCGGGUCAGCCAGACUAGAAUGCUAGGGGGAAUUCUAUCCCGCCCGUCCCCGCGUGUCUAGGCUCGUGAAGCAGGGAAGUUCCACUACCAGGAUCCAGAAUUUUGGUGGUCCACGGCUCCUAAGCGGGGCCCAGGCAGCACUAAGCAAGCACAUUACUAGAGAAUAAAUCCAUUAAUACAGUGGGAUUUACUUCCGAUUACGUUCCGGCAUAGGACGAGGCGAUCCAUCUGGUUUUAAUUCAUUUCAGUCCUAUGAGAGUUAGGAGCUCUUACAGGAUUUGUCCCCACUUCAGUACUGGCCUGGAGUCCACAAGAGUCCGCAUGAAUCCCUAUUUUCACGCGGUUAGGAAAGCCAAGCUCAUUAAUGAAUCUAGCUGAUAGUUAUUCCAAGAAAAAUCCCAACGCUGGAAGGCUGGGGACAAAGAACCGUAGCUCAACGGACUGGGCGAAUCCAGUGCAUUGUGGGAAUAGUAGUUUUCUUUACUCUGCUUUCAAUCUCGCCUAGGGGAAAAUGGGGAGCGAAAGAACUACAAGUAUUUCCUCCCACUUGCUUUAAAACAACAAAAACAAAACCUUGCAACGAGCACACAGACUGGUGGGACGUUUCCGCUCCUUGGCCUCGAAAUCUCGAAUCUCGUUUGCCUUGUCGGAGAGGAAUAGGAGGAGUUUUGAAGCUGCUCAUGUAGCAUUUGCACGUUGCUAGCCUGCCCUGUGAGCUCAGAGAAGAUCGGUGCUGGAAGUUUAUGUUUACUGCAGGGCUUGAUAAUUCACCUUGGUGCCUGGAAAUUUAAGUGUGGUUCUUCAGCCAGCUGAUGGACAGACAUGACCAGGAGGAGAAGUGAGCAAGCAAGGCGGAAGUGGGAUGUUCCCUCCUCCAUCUGACCACAUUGGUUCACUGUCUGCCUGAGCUAGAUGGACACAACCAGGAGAAGUGCACAAGCAAGAAUCUGUUUGGGGCAAAAAGAGGAGCAGAACAGGGAGUCCUAGCUGACUGACAGCAAGACAGAUCUUCCCAGAAACAUGGCAUCAGAUCCCUCUGUCACCUUCACUAACCUCUCCUCUCCUGCUGUUUGCAACUGGAAUCCAGAAGAUGCUUCUUUCCCAGAAGAAUUUGCAUGGGGUGCAGCAACAGCAGCAUACCAGAUUGAAGGAGGCUGGGAUGCAGAUGGAAAAGGCCCCAGCAUUUGGGACACGUUCACCCAUCAGGGAGGAGAUCGGGUUUUCAAGAACCAGACUGGUGAUGUAGCUUGUGGCAGCUAUACUCUGUGGGAGGAAGAUUUGAAAUGUAUCAAACAGCUUGGAUUGACUCAUUAUCGCUUCUCUCUUUCCUGGUCACGUCUGUUACCUGAUGGGACGACAGGUUUCAUCAACCAGAAAGGAGUUGAUUAUUACAACAAAGUAAUUGACAGCCUGCUAGCAAAUGGUGUGACACCUAUGGUUACAUUGCAUCACUUUGACUUACCUCAAAAUUUAGAAGACCAAGGUGGUUGGAGAUCGGAGACCAUAGUGAAAGCGUUUGACAGUUAUGCCCAGUUUUGUUUCAGGACAUUUGGGAGUAAAGUGAAACUAUGGAUCACCAUUAAUGAGCCGUAUGUUGCUGCUGAGCUUGGCUAUGAAAAAGGUCUUAUGGCCCCAGGUGUUACAGAACCUGGUACAGGAGCAUACCUGGCAGCUCACAACAUGAUCAAAGCUCAUGCUGCAGCCUGGCACAGUUAUGAUAAAAUAUUUCGGAAAACACAGGGAGGACUUGUGUCCAUAGCACUAAAUUCAGACUGGGCAGAACCCUUCAAUCCAAAUUCCCUUGCUGAUCAGGAAGCUGCUAAGAGGCAUAUGGCAUUUUGCCUGGAUUGGUUUGCUACCCCAAUCUUUCUUGAUGGCGACUAUCCAGCCAUCAUGAAAUCCAAGAUCUCUGCUGUGAGUAAACGGCAAGGCUGUCCAUCGUCAAGGCUUCCGGAAUUUACUGAAAAAGAGAAGAUGAUGAUCAAGGGCACUGCUGAUUUCUUUUCUCUAAAUUAUUAUACUACCCGCAAAAUUAGGCAUCAAGAACAUAUGCACAAUCAGCCAAGUGUGUCUGCAGACAAAGAAGCAGAGCAAGUAACUGAUCCGUCCUGGCCUGUUGCAACUGGCAGUUCUUGGCUGGCUGUUGUUCCAUGGGGUUUACGCCUUCUAUUGAAAUACAUCAAGGAUACAUAUAAUCACCCUAUAAUUUACAUCACUGAGAAUGGGUUUUCCCAGAGUGACCCUGCUCCACUUGAUGACACUCAGCGUUGGGAGUAUUUCAGACUGACUUUACAGGAGAUUUUAAAAGCAAUUUACAUUGAUCGUGUCAUGCUGAAAGGUUACUUUAUAUGGUCCCUUCUGGACAACUUUGAAUGGACUUGUGGAUACAGCUCUCGAUUUGGUCUCUUCCAUGUAGACUUUGAAAGUUCAGCUCUACCCCGCAUUCCUUACAAAUCAGCGAUUGAAUAUGCCAGAGUUAUUUCUAACAAUGGACUGAUGAAAUCAUGUGGAUAAUUCUGACAAACACUGUUGGGAACAUCGGUAGGCUACUUAUGACUCCAUGUGAUGAAAUCUUUUAAAGUGUUUUUUAACUUUAAUUUUGAUUUUCAAUAAAUAUUUGUCAAAAAUAGAAACUAGAAGUAGAAAUCAGAACAAAUUCAUAAAAACCAAAUCCAACCUACACAUAUGUAAGGGUGUUUAACAACCCACUAGAUUCAUGUUUUCUGUAAAAUUUAAAAUAAUGAGCAAAUAACAUA